UUGUUGUAUCGGCCCAAAUGUAUGUAUUGGUGCAAGUGUAAAAAUAGAAGAAGGUGUUCGUCUUGUUGACUCUUCAAUACUUCCAGAUACUACAAUUCAUGCUCACAGCUUUAUUUCUAAUAGUAUUGUUGGAAGAAAAUGUGUUGUAAAUGGGUCCGUAUAGAAAAUACCAGCAUUAUUGGUGAAGAUGUGGUUGUUAAGGAUGAGCUUUAUUUGAAUGGUGCUUGUGUUCUUCCACACAAAUCAAUUGCUGCAAGUGUGCCAAAUCCGACAAUUAUUAUGUAA